GAUAAUAAAUGAGAGGAGCAGAGAUUAAAAGAAAGAGUGCUACCCCUGCAUUGCAUCUGAGAAGUUAUUCUAGUAAGCUUAAAAAGUCCAUCAAACUUUGGGAAUACGACUACGGGUUUGAUUUGCAAGGAAAUACUGUCAAUUUUGGGCAACCGUCUUGUGUCCAUCAGAUGCCUACUGAAACCUCGAAGGAGAUGAUUUCUCAGAAAUUUGAUGUGCUAAAGGGCUCUACACGGUCUGUAUCUAGAGUUCUGCUUAAUAGAAGUAUUUCACCUGAGCUAAAACAGAGGGAGAUGACAAGGACGAUAAGGAUCAGGAAGACUGCCAAAAGCUCCCAAAAUAUGGGAAAAGUUAAGCUUCAUAAAAUACCAGCCAGCAUGACAAAGACUUCUUAUAACAGGAGCUUUAAUAAAUCUCAGAACAGAGUGUCUUAUUAUGACACCAGAGUUGGGAGCAUCUAUUUCGGUAAUACAGUCAAAGAUAAGCAGCUUAUGGAUUUUAAUGAGUUAAUUCAAGCUCAACAAGAUGACAAAGGGAAAAAGACCAUAAAAGUUGAGGAGAGUGUAAAGAACAACAUUGUCCCAAACCAAUACCGUACAGAGUUGGAGGAGAAGCCUACGAGUAAGACCAGAACGAGGGCGAUAGCUCCAGUUAAGAUUACAAACCCAUACUACCACAUUUUGAUGAACAAAAAGGAAAAAGAGAAGAGAAAGAGCAAAUCAGUAAUUCAGAAGAGAAAAAAUUGGAACACUUCCUCUAGAAAAGAGAAUGACAAUGGUGACUCUCCCCUCGAUUUGGGGAAAAAGGACUUUGGUCAGGAAUACAGAGCUGUCUUAGACAAACUCCUGGAGCCAAAGCUACCUAAUGAUAAGGAGCUCCAAUGAGACCCUUCUUACGAGUACGCCCAGAAGGCCAUGAAGCUCAGGAGAGUCAAGAAAAUUGACCUGAUCAAGAACAAGGGUUUUUUGACACUUAUCAGAAGGAAUACCGAGCUGUCAGACAUCCGUACUAUGCUGGCUAUUCUCAAUAAAAAGGGGAGAACUAAGUUCUCCAUGCUCGAAGUGGAUCGAAACCUCGGGAUCAAGUAGAAAAUUCAAUCUUGAAGUAAACUUGUGGGG